GUCUGCCGUAGUUAUGCAUCCUUCAGCUUCAUCCUCAAGGCUGUGCAGAUUUAUUUAGAUCAAAGCAGAGCAAGGCAAGUCAACGGGUGAUAUUGGUUAUUAGUGGAGUAAACUACAGAAGAGUUGGAAUUAAGGACCAGAAAUCCCAUGCAGGCAAGAGAGGCUCCAGUGCAUCUUUCAUGCAGAAAACAGUUUUCCCGCAUGUUGCAUGUUUUCAGCCGGAGAAUUCACCGGCUUUGCUCGAGGAUGCGGUGCCUGAUAUGGCGACGUCCGAGGACUAAGGUGGUGAUCAAGAAGUUUGGGAAGCUGAGUUCAAGAGGACAUCAUGGUCAGCUCAAAGAAAAACUUAGGUUCAAAUCAUCAUCAACUCAUACAAAUGGCCAAACUAGGCCUAUUCGACUAGCCACCUUCAAUGCUGCAUUAUUUUCUCUUGCACCUGCUGUGCCUAAGGCUGAAAAAUCAGCCAUCUUUGCUCAUGACGAUGAUGACGACGGUUUCAAAUUUCAAAACCAGGUAAAGUCUGAGAAUAAUCGUCCCAAGAGCAUAUUGAAGCAUUCCCCUCUUCAUCCCAUAUUAAUGAAUGGAGCAAAACCAAAGCAAAAAGUUUCAAUCAACCUUCCUGAGAAUGAGAUUUCAUUAGCUCAGAACAGGGUAGUUGGACUCUUGGAAGAUGAUUCCACCAAGAUUUUGAGUUUAAACAACAACAGCCUAGGCCCUGUGAGGUCUCCGAUAUGCUUCCCUGCUAUGGCUAAUUGGAUGAUUAAUGAUUAUGGAGGUUGCUGCUUGACUGGAACAAGGGCCAUUCUUGAUGUGCUGAAAGAAGUGGAUGCUGAUAUAUUGGCUUUACAAGAUGUGAAGGCUGAGGAAGAGAAAGAUAUGAGACCAUUAUCUGAUUUGGCUCAUGCUCUUGGGAUGAACUAUGUGUUUGCUGAAAGCUGGGCUCCUGAAUUUGGUAAUGCUAUUUUAUCCAAAUGGCCUAUUAAGAGAUGGAGAAUCCAGAAAAUCUAUGAUGAUAAAGAUUUCAGGAAUGUGCUUAAGGCUACGGUUGAUGUACCACGGAUGGGAGAGUUGAACUUCUGUUGCACUCAACUUGAUCAUUUAGAUGAGAAUUGGAGAAUGAAGCAAAUUAAUGCGAUAUUACAAUCAAAUGACAGUCCUCACAUUUUAGCAGGAGGGUUAAAUUCUCUUGAUGCAUCAGAUUACUCAUUAGAGAGAUGGACUGAUAUUGUGAAGUAUUAUGAGGAGAUGGGGAAGCCAACUCCAAGAGUUGAGGUCAUGAAUUUCUUGAAAGGGAAACAGUACAGCGAUGCAAAAGAGUUUGCAGGGGAAUGUGAGUCAGUUGUUAUCAUUGCCAAAGGCCAAAAUGUGCAAGGAACGUGUAAAUAUGGAACUCGAGUUGAUUAUAUUUUGGGAUCACAAGGCUUGCCUUAUGCGUUUGUACCUGGAUCAUACUCGGUUGUUUCAUCAAAAGGCACGUCCGAUCACCAUAUAGUUAAGGUGGAAAUCAAGAAAGCAGCAGGCAGUGGUAGGAAGAAUAGUAGGAAACUGAAGAAAGUAAAAAAGAAAGUUGAAAGGAUGACAAGUUCUUGUUCCUCAAGAGGGAUUUGGAAAGUGAACACUUAGCAACUAUGGUUAUUAGUUCUUGGGGUCUCUGACCUUUUUUUUUAAAAAAAAAAAACCUUUUGGUAGUGUAUGCAUUAUUUUGUUUCCCUUCUUUGUGACUGAUUAUAACAUUUUCAUUACAUAUAGAGUUUAAGAUAGUGAGUAUGCAGAUA